AUCUUAGCACAAGGCGUGACUUUGCACGCGCUCCACCGAAGCGGCGGAAACUCACCUCCCAUUGGCUUGCAACCGCCUCGGCUUGUCAAGGUCGUCGGUCCCUCAUUUUAAGAUGGCAGCGCGGGGCGUUUCUCGGCGCGUGUUUGAGGUCUUCGUUAGGCGAAUACCUUGGAACGUGGAGGAGAAUGAACUAAGAGAAUAUUUUGCUCAGUUUGGACCUGUGAAGAAAUGCAUCCUGCCAUUUAAUGUAGAAACAGGGUUCCAUAAAGGUUUUGGCUGGAUUGGAUUUGCUACAGAAGAGAGUCGAAAUAAUGCUUUGUUGAAAGAUCAUAUUUUUGAAGGAACACAGCUUGAAGUUAAACGUCAAGAGAAGAAAAAACAGCCAGAUGAAAUAGUUGCUAACACCAACUAAAAGGAAGGAAACUUUAUUUCAUUGCUAUGUAAAGAAACUAAAUAAACUUUGUUAUGUAUAUAUCCAUUUUA